UGAGAGCCACCGGCCGGCCAAUCUGUGGCCAUGCUACUAAGCAUCGGCUUAGAAUACGCAUUUUCCUGGACUACCCUCUUGUUCUUGGCAAAAUUUCCUAAACUACCCUUUUAAUGUGGGAUUAUCUCGUUCGUCGCCGACACUGAUCACAUCAGACACAAGUUCAAACGAAAGAGAACUCCGAAAUCUUUCAGACCAACCAUGGCGGCCUGUCACAUGUUUAUCCAUUUGGCUGGUUUCAUUGGACCACAGCUUAGGCUGACGCGAGCAUCUUUUUCAUUGUAGUUAUUUUAGAGAAACCAAGUUAGUAGUAGUAGUAGUAAUAUAAAACAAAAUGCAUGAACAUGCACGAAGACAAACAAUAUAAACAGAUCGGCCGUGUUAUGUUCGAAGAAGAAGAGCACAAAGAGAUAGAGUUAUUUAUGGGCGACCGGAUUCUUUUUUUUUUCUUUUAAUGUCACCUGCCGUUGUCGGAGUCCAAUUUAAGCAAUAAACUUUAGAUAUUCCAUUUCAUGGUGACGCCAUUAGCCAUUUUGCUACCGCUGGAGUUCAGAGCUUCUGCUUGUUCAGUUGUUCUUAUUUGCUUCUCCUGCUCCAAAGCAAAAUAAAACAGAGCAGUCAAUCAGGGAUGGUUUCACUCCCCUUUCAGAGCUUUCGGGAGGACUCUUGGUUCUGUGAAGGAGAACUUGAUUUGCGGUCUUCAGGCAUUCAAAGGAUAUUGAUAGAUGGCUUGAAUUUGCUAUUUUUAUUGAUUUUCUCUCUGCUUUUGCUUGGAGGGUUUGUUAGAAAACAUCAUAUUAGUGGAGAAACAAGGAGGGACUGGGUUUUUUUAGCUGUUUCAAUCUGUUGUGCUGUUACUGGCGUUGCAUAUGUUAGCGCUGGUUUAUGGGGUGUACUGUCCGGAAAUGAUGGAUCUAGGUGUUUGAAUUGGGCGGUUUGCUUUGUUAGGGCGCUGGUUUGGAUAGCUUUGACAGUUUCACUGAUUGUUCCACGGACCAAAUGGACGAGAAUUCUAGUUUUAGUAUGGUGGAUCUCCUUCCCACUAUUGGCCUCUGCACUAAAUGUGCAAGUUUUAGUGAAAACACAAAACAUUCAAAUCCUAGACCUUGUGUCAUGGCCUCCCACAGUACUGCUGCUUCUUUGUGCUUUCAAACUCUUCAGAGAGGUAGUUUCUCCAAACAUCCAAUAUCCGAGUUUAUCUGAACCUUUAUUGGUUGAAGACAAUGAUAAACAUCGAACAGAAUUAGGCCAGGCUAGUUUCAUUAGUCGAGUGACAUUCUCUUGGGUUCAACCUUUACUGUGUUUGGGUUACUCAAAACCAUUGGUUAUUGAUGAUAUUCCUGCUUUAGUUACUGAAGAUGAAUCCCUCUUAGCUUACCAGUCAUUUUCACAAGCAUGGAAUUCUCUCAGGAGAGAGAACUCGACAAAUAGUCAUAACCUGGUCAUCCGGACCUUAAUUAAAGUUUAUUUCAAAGAAAUGAUACUAGUAGGAAUUUAUGCACUUCUUAGGACUAUUUCUGUCGUAGUUGCUCCACUGCUACUCUUUGCAUUCAUUCGGUAUUCAACCCAUGAGGCAGAAAAUCUAUCCAAGGGUAUCUGUCUAGUAGGAUGCUUGGUUUUGGUCAAGCUCAUAGAGUCCUUGUCUCAGAGACAUUACUUCUUUGAUGCAAGAAGGUAUGGAAUGAGGAUGAGAUCAGGUCUGAUGGUUGCUGUGUACCAAAAGCAGCUCAAGCUCUCUAGUCUGGCUAGGAAGAGACACUCAACAGGGGAGAUUGUGAAUUACAUUGCAAUUGAUGCUUAUCGCAUGGGUGAAUUCCCCUGGUGGUUCCACGCAACCUGGAGUAAUUCUCUGCAGCUGUUUCUUUCUAUAGGUAUACUAUUUGGAAUUGUGGGUAUAGGGGCUCUUCCUGGUUUGGUCCCCAUCUUCAUCUGUGGGGUUAUAAAUAUUCCUUUUGCAAAAAUCCUUCAGAAUUUACAGCAUCUUUUCAUGGUUGCCCAAGAUGAACGACUUAGGUCUACUUCUGAGGUCCUAAACAAUAUGAAAAUUAUCAAGUUACAGUCAUGGGAAGAAAAAUUCAAGAGAUUGAUCGAGUCCCUCCGAGAUAUUGAAUUCAAAUGGUUAAGCAAGACUCAAAUGAACAAGUCCUACGGCACCGUAUUAUACUGGAUGUCUCCUACCUUCAUCUCUUCAGUAGUCUUUCUGGGAUGCGCCGUUUGGAGAAGUGCCCCUUUGAAUCCCAGCACCAUUUUCACUGUCCUUGCAACAUUGAGGAGCAUGUCAGAGCCUGUGAGAAUGAUACCUGAAGCUCUUUCUGUGAUGAUUCAGGUCAAGGUCUCAUUGGACCGUCUUAAUGCCUUUUUGUUGGACAAUGAGCUCAAGGAUGAGGAUGUAAGGAGGAGCCAAGCACAAAAUUCAGCCAACAGUGUUAAAAUACAGUCUGGUUCCUUCAGUUGGGACCCAGAUGCAGCUUUUCCAACACUAAGUGGUAUAGAAUUAGAAGUGAAAAAGGGUCAGAAGAUUGCUGUGUGUGGUCCAGUUGGUGCUGGUAAAUCAUCUCUCUUGUAUUCCAUACUUGGAGAGAUACCCAAAAUUUUAGGAUCGGUUGAUGUAUGUGGGUCUAUUGCCUACGUUUCUCAAACAUCUUGGAUUCAAAGUGGAACAAUUCGUGAUAAUAUUCUCUAUGGAAAGCAAAUGGACAAGACCAGAUAUGAGAAAGCCAUAAAAGCAUGUGCACUGGACAAGGACAUUGAUAGUUUUGAUCAUGGUGACCUGACAGAAAUUGGUCAGAGAGGUCUCAACCUGAGUGGGGGACAGAAACAGAGGAUUCAACUUGCUAGAGCAGUUUACAAUGAUGCAGAUAUCUAUCUCCUUGAUGAUCCAUUUAGUGCUGUAGAUGCGCAUACAGUUGCCACCCUUUUUAACGACUGUGUCAUGGCUGCUCUGGAAAAGAAAACUGUCAUUCUAGUUACUCAUCAAGUUGAAUUUCUUCCAGAAGCUGAUUGGAUAGUGGUCAUGGAAGGUGGACAAAUCAUUCAGUCAGGAAACUACAAGGAACUCCUGAUAGCUGGAACAGCAUUUGAAAAGCUCGUGAAUGCUCACAAAAUUGCAAUGACAGCAUUGGAUCCUGAAAAUAACAGACAAUUGGGUGAAUCUGAAAAGAUGGAUUUAGACCAACUAAAUGGUUCCAUUGCAUCUUAUACCACAAAAGACAGCAGCAAAGGGGAGAUUGCAAUCAAGGGUCUCUCCAGGGUCCAGCUAACAGAAGAUGAAGAGAGGGGGAUUGGAGACGUGGGAUGGAAGCAAUUAUUGGAUUAUCUCAUUGUAUCAAAGGUUUUUCUUCUUCUUGGUUUAUGCAUAUUUGCACAGACUGCUUUUGUUGCUCUUCAGAUGGUCGCUUCCUAUUGGCUAGCAAUAGCUCCUGAUAUUCCUCAAAUCAACAAUGGCAUCUUAAUUGGAGUGUACGCUGGGAUAUCAACAACCAGUGCAGUAUUUGUAUUUGGAAGGGCCCUUUUGGCAUCCCUUCUAGGAUUAAAGGCUUCUAAAGCCUUCUUUUCAGGUUUUACCAAUUCAAUUUUCAAAGCUCCAAUGCUCUUCUUUGAUUCAACACCAGUUGGAAGGAUUUUAACCCGGGCAUCCUCAGAUAUGAGUGUUGUGGAUUUCGACAUACCUUCCUCCAUUGUUUUUGUAAUAGCACCUGCAACUGAGAUUCUAUCAAUUGUAGGUAUCAUGGCUUUUGUCACAUGGCCAGUUCUAUUUGUAGCAAUUAUCGCCCUGCUAUCUACACAGUAUAUUCAGAGAUACUAUCUAGCCUCUGCAAGAGAGCUAAUAAGAAUUAAUGGAACAGCAAAGGCACCUGUUAUGAAUUAUGCAGCUGAAACAUCACUUGGAGUAGUCACAAUAAGAGCUUUUGACAUGACGAAGAGGUUCUUCCACAACUACUUGAAUCUCAUUGAUACAGACGCAAGUCUAUUCUUUCAUUCCAAUGCUGCUUUGGAGUGGUUAAUCAUGAGAGUGGAAGCAGUCCAGAAUCUGACCCUAAUCACCGGUGCUCUUCUCCUUGUUUUUAUCCCUCAGGGCACCAUUCCUCCAGGGUUUGUGGGACUUUCUCUUUCUUAUGCUCUCACACUGACCGGAACUCAAGUGUUUAUGACUAGAUGGUACUGCAACUUAGCCAACUACAUUAUUUCUGUUGAAAGAAUUAAACAAUUCAUGCAUAUACCAUCAGAACCUCCAGCAAUUGUGGAUGAUAAAAGAACACCACCUUCAUGGCCCCCCUACGGAAGGAUAGAUUUUAUGGACCUUAAGAUAAGAUAUCGUCCAAAUGCUCCACUUGUUCUCAAGGGAAUCACUUGUACUUUCAAAGAAGGUACCAGAGUGGGAGUUGUUGGAAGAACAGGAAGUGGCAAAAGUACAAUGAUAAGUGCUUUGUUCCGUUUAGUUGAACCAGCAAGCGGGGGAAUCUUAAUAGAUGGACUGGACAUUUGCUCCAUUGGUCUGAAGGAUCUGAGGAUGAAACUCAGCAUCAUUCCUCAGGAACCAACUCUUUUUAGGGGUAGUGUUCGUUCCAACUUGGAUCCUCUAGGCCUCUAUACUGACAAUGAGAUAUGGGAGGCUUUAGAGAAGUGCCAAUUAAAGACAACCAUCUCCGCUCUUCCAAACCUUUUAGAUUCGUUUGUGAGUGAUGAAGGAGAAAAUUGGAGCGUCGGCCAGCGCCAGCUUUUCUGCCUCGGGCGUGUACUUCUUAAGAGAAAUAGAAUCCUUGUUCUAGACGAAGCCACUGCAUCCAUCGACUCUGCAACUGAUGCUAUACUACAGAGAGUCAUCAGGCAGCAAUUCUCAGGCUGCACUGUAAUAACUAUAGCCCACAGAGUUCCCACAGUAACAGAUAGUGACAUGGUCAUGGUGCUCUCUUAUGGGAAGCUUGUGGAAUAUGAUGAACCUUCAAAACUUAUGCAAACUAAGUCCUCCUUUUUCUCUAAGCUCGUAGCUGAAUAUUGGUCCAGUUGCAGGAGGAAUUCUAUGCAGAGCCUCAACAACUACUAGUAAAAGAAGAAUAGAAAGAAAGCUCCAAAAACAUGAGCCGCAGUUGGUGGAGGCAGGAGGUGAUUAUCGAUUUCAGUCUCACUAGCUAGCAAACGAACUACUUUGUUCCAAGUGGAUGGAAGAUUACUUUCGACCAUUCAUCAUGACAAAAUUAAGUUAAUAGCAAGUCCAAGAAUGAUUUUAUUGUGGUGAUGAUAUUGAUAUAUUACAAAUUUGCUUAAGUGGUAGAUGUACAAACCAGAUGAAUGAUUAUGAUUGUUUAUUGUAUUACAAAUGUAAGGCCAAUUCACUUGUCACUCAUGGACAUGUAAAAGAGUUUAAGAGAAGAGUUCUCUCUUGAUGAUUUCAUUCAAUGUUC